AGGACUCAGCUAGCUGUAUCUGCAUGCUGUUUUCCAUUUCAGGAAUAGUGGAAUACUACCAUCAGAACUCCCAAAAAAAAAAAAAUAGUGCUCUCCACCAUGACUAGUGCAGAAUCAAGGCAGUGAUGAAGAUUGAAGAAUCGCUUUCCUGAGGUUCGCACUUCAAUGCAUCAGCGGCCUUUGUUCCUCCUUUCUCGUCUCCAUUCCCGCUUCUGCUUCUGGCCUUCUCCCUAUUCCUUUCCCAUUCUGAAAGCACAUAUUCCCCCCCAAUUUGCCCGCAGCUUCAUUCGCCAUCAAAACUCAUGCCUCUGAUACCACCGAAACAUCUCUCUUUAACUGGCUGCCGCCAGUUUCUUUCUUGACAUCACCAUUCAGUAUUCACACGAGGGGGGAAAAAAAGAAAAAGAAUAAUACAAUCGUAACCCCCAAUUUGUCACCAUCUCUGUUUUAGCCAAUUUAAUUGCCAAAUCUUCAACUUAGCUCAAAUCUUGAUCCUACUUAACCUAAUGGUUCCAAUACCCGCCUUUCAAAGCCAUCACCUUCACCUUCCCAGCUUUAUUUUAAAAAAUUCUCUAAGUCACUCCGUUUCCGAUAUUUUCAACCUUCCUCACCCCACCCGCCAUGGUUACACAAAGCCAAGACCCAAAAUGCCUGGUCGUUGGCAAUUACUGCCACGACGUUCUCAUUAAAGACGACGCUGUAUUAGCUGAAUCUCUCGGCGGCGCCGCCUCCUUCAUCUCCGCCACCCUCGAUGGCCUCUCCGUCCCCUCCCAUUGCGUCGCUAAGGUGGGCUCCGACUUCGCCUACCCGGUCGAUCACCAACCCCUUCUAAUCCCUUCUUCCAAGACCACUCUUUUCCGUGCCCAUUUCUCCUCCAAAAUCAGUCGCCAGGAUCGGGUCUUGAAACGGGUCCAUGCAUGCGACUCGAUUUCCUCUUCGGAUCUCUCGUUCAACUCCAAAUUCGAUUUCGGGUUGGCUGUCGGAGUUGCGGGAGAGAUUUUGCCCGAAACUUUAGAGAAAAUGAUUGACUUGUGCGGCUUAGUUCUGGUCGAUAUUCAAGCUUUGAUUCGGGAAUUUGAUGCGGUGGACGGAACAGUAAGGCUCGUUGAAUUGAAACAAACUGAUUUUUUCCGGUUAUUGCCGAAAAUCGGGGUCUUAAAGGCAUCGGCGGAGGAGGCGCCGUACGUGGAUGUGGAGGAGGCGAGGAAAUGGUGUUGUGUGUUGGUGACUAAUGGGAAAGAUGGGUGUACUGUCUACUGGAAGGAUGGGGACCUGCAGAUUGCGCCUUUUCCGGCAAUUCAAGUUGAUCCAACAGGUGCUGGUGACAGCUUUUUAGGAGGGUUUGUAGCUGGGCUUGUUCACGGUUUGGCUGUUCCUGAUGCUGCAUUGUUGGGGAACUAUUUUGGGUCACUGACUGUUGCCCAAAUGGGGCUUCCAGAAUUCGAUUAUAGAUUGUUGGAGCGAGUCAAGGAUGAGGUGGAGAGGAGAAGGCUGCAGUGUCUUGGCUGCCACAUGGGUCAAGACGAUGGGCUGAACUUUGUAAAGCCACUAGAUCAUGAAGAGUUCCAUACCGUACUUAGUAAAGCCAAAUAAGUUCCAUACCGUACUUAGUGCAGCCACAUGGGUCAAGACAAUGGGCUGAAGUUUGUACAGCCACUAGAUCAUGAAGAGUUCCAUACCGUACUUAGUGCAGCGAUACAAGUUCCGCUAAUGCUGUGAAAGAUAGCAGUUGAAGUUUGCCUGAUUCUCUUGUGGCAGACUAGCAGUAGGGCAGCAAUGCACCAGCACUCCAAUGUUUAGCAGAAAGCGUUACUUGUUAUGUUUAUGAAAAACCAGUUAGGUCUGCUGACGGUUGACCAUUACAAAAUUGUCAUGUUGCCUUCUCCGAAGUUUAAUACUCUUGUGCUUGGGAAGAGAUUUCUUGAAAAUUUGGAUAGAAAAUUGUUGUUGUAAUGAACAGAUAUCAAGCAUGAACUUGCAUAGUUAAUUCUAGCAUAAUUUACAGGGAAUUGGAGAUCGUGCUUAUUA